AUGAAGUGCUGCCACUUUCUCAGCCUUGUCGGGCUCUCCAGCCUUGCGCUUCAAAUAUCGGCCCAGUCAACCAGCCAGUCUGAGUCGUCAACAAACUCCAGUGCCGCCACAUCCACUGCAGCUGACUAUGCUACGAGUGGCAUCACCUAUAUUGACGGCAGCACCACGAUCACCUUUGGAACAACCUCAGAUUAUGCUACAAUAUCAGAUCUAUCCAGUGCCAUGGCCACCGCCAAUGGAACCACCACAGCUUCUUCAGGCAACUCUACUGUCACAUCCACGUCCUCUGCCACCGCAACAACUCUCCACGGUACAGCACAGAUGACCACGUCUCUCAACGGCACAGCCACAAGAAACUUAACGGCGUCAAGCACUUCCUCUGCAGCAACCGCAACAAACACUGUCCCCUGCAAUGGCUAUGCCGAGUUCUGUCAGCGCAAAUUCAGCAACAUCACCCACGUUGCUGCCCACAACAGUCCCUUCAUCCGUUCGGGCAAUCUUGCUGCAAACCAGCAGCUAGAUGUAACCACCCAGCUCAAUGACGGUAUCAGAAUGUUACAAUUCCAAGCCCACCUUCUGAACGGUACAAUGUACCUAUGUCACACGUCCUGCGACCUCCUCAACGUCGGCACUCUAGAAGCGUACCUGACCACAGUAACGGCAUGGUUGAAGACACACACGACCGACGUCAUUACCAUCCUCAUCGGCAACUACGAUGUUGUCAAUCCGAACAACUUCACCGCGCCCGUUGUCAACUCAGGCCUGAUAGACUACGUCUACACGCCACCCACGAUGCCGAUGCCCUUGGAGUCGUGGCCCACACUGGGCGCAAUGAUCCUCAAGCAGCAACGCGCCGUUGUCAUGCUCGACUAUGAGGCAAACCAGACGGCUAUCCCCUGGCUUCUUGAUGAAUUUUCACAGAUGUGGGAGACACCCUUCUCGCCUACCGACCGUGCCUUUCCGUGCACUGUGCAACGACCACCUCAGCAGGCUCCAAACAUCAGCGCGCACAGGAUGUACAUGGCCAACCACAACUUGAAUCUCGAUGUCGACUUGGCGGGCAUCAGUCUACUUGUGCCCUUUUUCUCGUUGCUGAACGAGACCAAUGCCGUUACUGGGUAUGGGUCCGCAGGUCUAACGUCGACAAAUUGUACCGCUCGAUGGAAUAGGCCGCCGAAUUUCUUGCUCGUCGAUUAUUACAACAUUGGCAGUUACAACGGCAGCGUCUUUCAAGUCGCCGCUGACGCGAAUAACGUGACUUAUAAUAAGGCGUCAUGCUGCGGGACGUCAGGGACGAGUGCUGCAGGCAAGGCCGGCAUUGAUGGAAGGCUGUUGACGCUGACUCUGUUGGCGAUUGUUGUUUUGGCGGCUCUUUGA